CACUCCUCACUCUACUCUUUCAUGAUUUCAUCUUUAUACAUUUCUAUAUAAAUCUUCCUUCCAUUUUGGUAUAAGCCUCACAUUUCCUUUCUUUGCCUAAUUUAUCUCCUUCUCCAUACCCAAACAAGCGAAAGCUAUGCAUAUUGCCAACAAUAAAAACACCCCUCUCCCUCCAUUCGCCAUUGAAAUCGAUCCCAUCCAUUUUUAGCUUUUCUUUGUGGGUUUCAACUUUCACCCCCUAUUCUUCCUCUUUUCUUUCCUUCUUUCUUUAUUUCUUCCCUUUUUUGUUUUCUUUUGUCUGUGUGAGUGAUAUCAACAGAUGAUUGAUUGAGAUUAAUCUCAAAGCAUACUCAUGGUGAACUUUAAUCCAUUUUCUGCUUUCUUUCGCUCCGGAGAUCGACCGGAAAAUCUGCCUGUUUACAAUCCUCUUCCUGAUGAACCCGUCGAAUCUCCCGCCACUCACCGGCGACCCAUUAAGCUGGCCGUCUUGAUUUCAUCUGGGUUGCUCUUGGUUUGCUUAUUGGUCGCCAUUAUUGGUCAGAAUGGUGUGGGUUAUCUUGCCACAUUGCGAGGACUUUCGUUCUUAAAGUCGAAGUCGCCGGAGAUAUUCCGUACGGCGUCACGUGGGGUGUCGGCCGGUGUGUCGGAAAAGGCUAACCGGCAAUUUCUUGGCCAGAAUGUCGCUCCUUUUCCAUGGAAUAACAGCAUGUUGUCCUGGCAGAGAACGGCAUUCCACUUCCAACCAGAGGGGAAUUGGAUGAAUGAUCCUAAUGGUCCAUUGUAUUACAAGGGAUGGUACCAUUUCUUCUACCAGCACAAUCCACAUGCUGCGGUGUGGGGAAACAUUGUGUGGGGGCAUGCAGUGUCCAGAGAUCUGAUUCAUUGGCUUCACCUUCCUUUGGCCUUGGUUCCAGAUCAAUGGUAUGAUAUUAAUGGAGUUUGGACCGGUUCUGCCACUAUUCUUCCUGAUGGCCAAAUCAUGAUGCUCUACACUGGCUCCACAAAAGAGCAUGUCCAAGUUCAAAACCUGGCAUAUCCAGCCAACUUGUCUGAUCCUUUGCUCAUCGAUUGGGUCAAAUUCCCUGGUAAUCCAGUUCUUUUCCCCCCACCUGGCAUCCAUUUCAGAGACUUCCGUGACCCCACGACGGCAUGGCUCACGUCCAAAGGGAAAUGGCGCCUGGCGAUUGGAUCGAAGGUCAAUCGAACUGGGAUCUCUUUGCUGUAUGAAACAGAGGACUUCAAAAGUUUUCAGCUGUUGGACAAUCUGCUUUGUGCUGUUGCUGGUACUGGAAUGUGGGAAUGUCUAGACUUCUUUCCUGUGUCCAAAGCUGGGAAAAUUGGCUUGGAUACUUCAGUUAAUGGACCUGAGGUGAAGCAUGUUGUAAAGACAAGCCUUGACGACGACCGACACGAUUACUAUUCACUUGGAACAUAUGAUGAGAAGACUUGUACUUGGGUUCCUGAUGAUCCCAAGAUUAAUGUUGGGAUUGGUUUGAGAUAUGACUAUGGGAUAUUCUAUGCGUCCAAGUCUUUCUACGACCAUAAGAAAGGUAGAAGAGUUUUGUGGGGCUGGAUUGGAGAGUCUGACAGUGAAUUUGCUGAUGUUCAGAAGGGAUGGGCAUCAGUGCAAUCAAUUCCAAGAACUAUUUUGUUUGAUAAGAAAACUGGGACCAAUUUACUCCAAUGGCCAGUGGAGGAGGUAGAAAGUUUGAGACAAAGAAGCCUUGCCUUCAACAAUUUGGUGGUGCAGCCAGGAUCAGUGGUGCCCCUUGAUGUUGGCACAUCAACUCAGCUAGAUAUAUUUGCCGAGUUCGAGUUGGAUGAGGAGGCUGUGGCAAAGGCAAUCGAAAGCAAUGAAGAAUUCAGCUGCCAAUCAAGGGGCGGAGCAGCUGACCGUGGCGCAUUGGGGCCGUUCGGUCUUUCGGUACUUGCAGACGAGAGCCUCAGCGAGCAUACUCCAGUAUACUUUUAUGUUGCAAAAGGCCAGAAUGGUACUCUCAAGACUUUCUUUUGCACUGAUGAAUCAAGAUCCUCGGAGGCAAACGACGUUAUCAAGCCAAUUUAUGGAAGUUCUGUUCCAGUACUAGAGGGUGAAAAGUUAUCUUUAAGAAUACUUGUUGAUCAUUCGGUGGUGGAAAGUUUUGCUCAAGGUGGGAGAACUUGCAUCUCAUCAAGAAUUUAUCCGACAAAAGCGAUCUACGGUGCUGCUCGGCUAUUCGUAUUCAACAAUGCUAAGGACACCAACGUUACAGCCUCCUUCACAAUAUGGCAGAUGAAUCCUGCAUUUAUACGCCCAUACCGCCCCAGCGAAGACAACGACUCAUCAAGAAGUUCUGUGGUUUUGUUACCUUUAUACAUGUUCCUAUUUGUUUCAUUGUUGCAUCUGAUCAUAUGGGAUGUCCUAGGGUGAGAGGUAGAAGCGCAUAUCAUGGAAUCGAGCCUGAUGAAAUUCUGCAGGGAAGAAGUGUAUUAUACAUGUUUGACGACUCUGUCUAUGCAGUGAAAUGAUCAUUUGAAAGGUGAUGAAGCGAAUAGUGUUUUUUUAUAUGUAGAUGUUAAAUGUCAUAUUCAUUGAUAUGUUUAAGGCAUGAAUGUUUUAGGAAUAAAAUGAUUAUACUCGGUUCA